ACCACGGUUUCAAGCAGCUGAUCAAGCGGUGUACGUCACCCGCAUCCACUCUUUCUCACAUUACACACUCUUCUCUCUUUUUCUCUCUCUUGCCCACCACGCGUAUUCAUUCACGGGGCUCGUCAAUUCUUCUCUCUUUAUAUAUAUAUAACGGACUCGAUUCGGUGCUCGCCGGCCGUUGACGGCGAGACUCUCCGGCGAAAUUUAAACGCCGGGAAAUUCAUUGGAUCGUGGUGAGUAGCUCAGCUCGCAUUCUGGUUCCAAUUCACCGGAGAAAAUCUUCGCAGCGACGGGCUUGGUGAGCGGCGAAGAGAUCGGGUUUUGUGCAAUGCACGAGGUGUAGAAGAGAUUUGGAGGUGUAUUUUUAAAGAAUAUUUGCAGUGAUUGUUGAAUGUGGUAAGGUUGGGUGUGAUUAAGGUCAAAGAGCACGAGAAAGAAAGUUGUUUCUGAGUGGAAUCUGAUCAAUUCGGCGAAAAUUUUGGAAUUUUUUUUUGAGUUGUCUGAAUUUCGAUCCGGCAUUGAAGUUAAUUUUGAUGAGAAUCUAAGCGAGCCAAAAAAACGGAAGAGGCAGUGAAUGAUUAAUGUUGUAGAAGGAAGAGAAAAAGUGGAGGAUUGAUGUGCAGGAUAGAGAAGAAACAAAGAGAGGGUACGAUGGGAUUAAAGGCAUUAGGUGGAGAGAAGCUAAAGAGCUCGAUGAAUAUGUCGUCGUCUUCGAGGUCCAAAAUGAAGCUCUGGAUGAUACGCGCAACAACGUCUAUUUUGCUCUGGACCUGUAUCGUCCAGCUGACUGCGCUGGGUGACAUGUGGGGGCCUAGGGUUUUGAAAGGUUGGCCUUCCUGUUUCUCUCAGGAGUCUGCAGCCGCCUCUGCGGUUUUGCAAGACAAGACUCCCUCUGUCCCCGCACGAGUUCUUCCUCCCAAGAGGGUUUACAAGAACAAUGGUUACCUGAUGGUUUCAUGCAACGGAGGACUCAACCAAAUGAGAGCAGCGAUUUGUGACAUGGUUGCUAUAGCUAGAUAUUUAAACGUCACACUUAUAGUUCCUGAAUUGGAUAAAACCUCCUUCUGGGCUGAUCCGAGCGAGUUUCAAGACAUAUUUGAUGUGGAUCAUUUCAUUACAUCCUUGAGAGAUGAGGUCCGCAUAUUGAAAGAAUUGCCUCCUAGAAUGAAGAGAAGAGUGGAACUAGGAAUUAUUUAUACCAUGCCACCAAUUAGUUGGUCGGACAUAUCUUAUUACCGGAAUCAGAUCCUUCCUCUUAUACAAAAGUACAAGGUUGUGCAUCUUAAUAGAACUGAUGCUCGUCUUGCCAAUAAUGGUCAACCUUUGGAGAUUCAAAAGCUACGAUGCCGAGUAAACUUCAGUGCUCUUAGAUUCACUUCUCAGAUAGAGGAGUUGGGUAGAAGGGUUAUCAAGCUUCUAAGACAAAAUGGUCCAUUCCUGGUGCUUCAUCUUAGAUAUGAAAUGGACAUGUUGGCAUUUUCUGGCUGUACGCAAGGGUGCAACAAUGAGGAGGUGGAAGAGUUGACGAGAAUGAGGUAUGCUUACCCCUGGUGGAAAGAGAAAAUAAUAAAUUCUGACUUGAAAAGGAAAGAUGGUUUAUGUCCUUUGACGCCCGAAGAAACUGCUCUUACACUGAGGGCACUGGACAUCGAUUCCAGUAUCCAAAUUUAUAUAGCAGCAGGUGAAAUAUACGGUGGAGAGAGGAGAAUGGCAAGUCUGGCAAAGGCUUACCCGAAAUUGGUAAGGAAGGAGACUCUAUUGGAAUCAUCAGACCUGAGGUUUUUUCAGAAUCAUUCAUCCCAGAUGGCUGCAUUAGAUUAUCUUGUCUCAUUGGAGAGUGAUAUCUUUGUUCCCACAUAUGAUGGAAACAUGGCUAAAGUUGUUGAAGGUCAUCGCAGAUUUCUUGGAUUCAAGAGGACAGUAUUGUUGGACAGAAAGCUUCUCGUUGAUUUGAUAGACCAGUAUAAUAGUGGAUCAUGGAGUUGGGAUGAAUUCUCAUCUGCUGUAAAGAAAUCUCAUGCAGGUCGUAUGGGAAGCCCAACUAAAAGGUUGGUGAUCCCAGACAGACCUAAAGAGGAGGACUAUUUCUAUGCCAACCCAGAAGAGUGCUUAGAAUGGUCGGAUGAACGAUUAGGUAGUACGUGAUAUCUAUGCUAGGACAUUGUGACAUUCACCAGUGUUCUCCAAUAGUGCUAGCUUCUUUUAACACAGAUCUUUAAGAAAGUUCCCUACAGAGGUAUAGUGAUAAGGAUUUUGUUCAGAAGAGGCUAUUAUGAAGAUAAUGGGGGAGGUAAACUUCAAGAAAGCCCGAGAGGAUCCAUGGAAUCCACCGGAGAACAUCCUUAUCUUUUAUUAUUCCAAUAAUCAAUCCAAUUCAUGUAUAGAAGCCACCCUAAAAUUCAAUAGGGUGAGAGCAGAUCCUGCUGCAUUGUGUGCCGGGAUGCAAAUAUAGGGUUCUGUGUUCACUGGAACUGCAGAAUCAUGAAAGGUUAAAUCUCUCGUCCUUUUUGUAUUUUUUCUGUUUCUUUUGGAUCACCAUGGUCUCUCUGAUUUUCUUCUAGCAUAUACUAUAAGAUUUUUCUGUUUGCACAGAUCAUUACCCCUUUCACAUGUGUAGUGUGGGUCUAGUAUCUCACAGGAAAUGAAGCGUGUGACAAAUUAUGUAUUUUUUUUUUUCUUUCUCAAAUUACUUCAUUAAUUUAAUUGUGCAUGAGUGUUUAUUUA